CAUCCUGAAUACGUGAACAAGUCACUAGCAAUGCAGGAGUCAGGCGAUGCUGGGAGUGUACUGACUUUAAGCUUUGCGUGGAUUGCAGCUGACUACCUUGCUCGGAUCAAGAUUAGGCACCAGGGUACCGAAAAUAUUGACUUGAAUAGGCCUGUCAACUCUCUAAUGAGAUACCUAACUGAUCGAAUGGCUACUGUCUGAAGCUGCUUGGAGUCAUUUUGUGUGGCCGCAUCUGGGUUCUAGGCAGUGUUGCAAACGGCUCCGCCUAGGCUCGCUCAGGUGGCGCUUAUGUCCGCCCGCUUUGGCUAGGGCAGCAGGGCAAUAUUGCCCUACCUCCUUUUCUUUUUUUUUGGAAUUUUGUAUAAAAAAAUUAAACCAUA